AAAAAAAAAAAAAAAAAAAACACUAUUCUAACCCUACCUCCUCCCAUUGGAUCCAUUCCCGACUCCCGAGUAGCGACCGAGGAGGCGAGGAGCGACGCGCCGGCGCCGUCGUCGGUCGCCCUGCCCCCCGCCGCCGCCCGCCGCCCGCCCGGCGCAUCCCCCGCGUCCGGCGCACUCACGCGCUAACCGCCAGCGGCCAGCCGGGCGCCGCCGCGCCGGCAGCAGCCAGCAGCGCGCCCGGCCGCGGCCUCCCCUCCAGCAGAGCAGCACGGCAGGGCAGCAGGCUCCCACUCCAGUCCACACCUCCACGGCUCCACCGGCCGACGAAGGUUUGAAACAUGAAGAAAAAAAGUGCUCCCACACCCCUUCCGCCGGAGACCGCCAACACCUCGCCCGCUCCCAUCGGCGCCACCGCCGGAAUCCGGGUUGAGAACUGCUACGUCUUCAAGAGCCGGCUGCAAGAGUAUGCGCAGAAAGCCGGCCUCCAGACUCCAGAGUAUCAUACCUCCAAGGAGGGACCUUCCCAUGAGCCUGUCUUCAAGUCCACAGUGGUGAUUAAUAACACCAGCUAUGGCUCCCUGCCCGGAUUCUCCAACAGAAAGGCUGCAGAACAGUCUGCUGCUGAAGUUGCCCUCAUGGAAAUUGUCAAGUCCAUACCAGCCAACGCAAACAUCCCAGCUGUUCAAGAGACUGGGCUGUGCAAGAAUCUUCUUCAGGAGUAUGCACAGAAGAUGAAUUAUGCCAUUCCAUCUUAUAUUUGCACCAAACCAGCCUCAGGCUUGGCUCCUUUCUUAUGCACUGUAGAGAUUGGUGGAAUACAAUAUAUUGGUGCUGCAGCCAGAACAAAGAAAGAUGCAGAGAUAAAAGCUGCCCGAACUGCUCUUCUGGCAAUCCAAGGUCAAUCAGAGGGUUCUGCAAAUGGUGCGACAAAAUAUAUCGUAGUUCCUGGUAAAAGGGUAGGUAAGGAGGUAGAAAAAAGGCCAAUUGAAACCCCCAAACCACUUAAAGCAAAGAAAGGUGGUUUCAAGAAGAAAUGGAACAAGAGGAAAUUCAUGAAGAAGGAUGGUCAAGCUGUUGAUGUUGAAAAGGAUGAAGCUAGAGUGGCUGGAGAUGCUCAUGAUUCUGAUGUCCUAAUGCAGCCAACGGUAAUAACACAGGAGGCAUCUUGUGGCACUUUGUUCCUGCAACCUUGUGAGGAAGCUAAAAGAGUAGAAGAUGAGCCACCUAGAGAUAUUGAAAUGGUACAACCUGAUAAGGAGAACCAACACAGUGACGCUGCAUUGGUGCAACCUGAUGAUGAAGCUAGAGUAGAACAGGAGCCAUCCAGAGAUAUUUCAGUGGUGCAACCUAAUGAGGAAGCUAUAAGUGCUAAGCAGGAACCAUCCAUCGAUGCUGCAACCCUGCAACCUAAAGAGGAAGCUAUGAAAACUGGCUGUGUGGCACUUGUCUUGUGUUUAAACAUUAGUGUUGAUCCGCCGGAUGUGAUCAAAAUCUCCCCUUGUGUAAGAAAGGAGUGCUGGAUAGAUCCAUUUUCUAUGGCAGCUCCAAAAGCCCUUGAAACUAUUGGGAAAACAUUACACUCACAAUAUGAGCGCUGGCAGCCAAAGGCUCGUUACAAGCUUCAGCUGGAUCCGACAUUAGAGGAAGUUUAGAAGCUGUGUAAUACUUGCCGUAAAUUUGCUUGAACAGAGAGAGUCCUUUUUAAUUACAAUGGUCAUGGUGUACCAAAGCCUACAGCUAAAGGGGAGAUUUGGGUAUUUAACAAGGUGAAUGUUGCAAAGACACUGCAUAAGCUGCUGCAUUGUUUAUCCUUGUGUGUUUUUGACGAAGUGCCCUUUUUACUUUUUGGUCCAGAGUGAUAGUACUAGAUAGUUGAAGUUGAAAGUGAUAAUGAUGAUUUCCUA